AAAUGUUCGUAACUAAAACAUCGUAAAGCCAAUCACUUGUAGAAAAUUUAAUUUGAAUUUAAAUUGUUGUCGACCAUUAUGUUUCUCGGUUCGUCAUCUUUGAGAUGAUUCUGUUAGCGACGAUAGUAACAAUAUUGUUUGUUGGUGACUUAGAUGCCUUAAAUAUAUUUAAAAAUUACCAAACAAUUUCCAAUUACAAGGACAAUGAUCUUGCUGUCUACAAAAAUAGCGAAGCGAUAGCAGACUCCUAUGAGCUACUGGGCUUAAUCAUUUUAGAUUACAAUCCAAUAAGUAGGAGAGAUAAUGAUGUCGCCGCUAAAACCAACUUGACGAAAACUGAAUCCGGGGAAUAUGAAAAGUACGAAGAUAAUGGGAAUGAAAUAGAACCGAGAAGUAAACGUAGACGCAAGAAGAAACGAUAUGUUAAUAGUAACGACAACGCCAAACAAAAAAAUGAAAAUAAACAGACAUUGAAAAUACUGGGCGACAGAAAAGUAAGAAUAGUAGAACAGAAAUUAAUCGAAUUAAUUAAAGAAAAACUAAAGAAGCCCCUGAAUAGUGAAGCAAAGAGGAAAAUUCAAAUGUUUAAUGAAGUUCAAGGUCGAAAUAAACAAAAUUCAGGAGAUAAAUUAUCAUCAAGUAAGUCCAAAAUCAAGGAAAUUAAUAAACUGAAUAAAGACGGAGUGAAAUCCAAAAUACGUCUUGACGACUCUAAGAAAGAAUCUCCAAAAGAGAGUGUAAUAGAGAAAAACUUCAAAAAAACUGAAAGGUAUUAUAAUAAUGAAAAUACGGAGCAUUUAAGAAAACAAAAGAAAGAAGAUAAGCACAAAUAUUUUAAUGUAGAUACAAAAGAAAGAUCAGAAGAACGUCCCAGACAAGAAAAAAGAAAAGGUAAGAAGCAAAAGAAAGUAGAAACAUCAAGUGAAGCGGAAAUUCUAUCUAAACCGAAGCGUUUCGAUGUUGUCGGAAAAGGUCGUAGUAAUGAAUUCGAUAGGAAUGUGAAACUUAAAAAAAAGCCCCACCAAUCUAAAGAUGGAACUGAAGAGGAAGAAGGGAAAGCACGCGGUGGUAAAAAUAAAAAUGAAUGUAUUAAUGAAUCGCAAACGAACAUUGACAAAUGUGUGCGAGCUUGCCAGAGAACCCAUGAAGACGUGUGUGACCUCCUAACUUGCUCACAAAAAUCAUUAAAGGCUUUACGUAUUGAAUGUAGUGUUAGUUGCAAAAAAGUAUUCCCCAUUUUAUGUUAAUAAUUUCAUAAAUACAGUCUUUGUUGUUAAUAGCAAUAAAAUUUUACUUACAAUCUGUUUAUUAUUUAUCUUUUUCGUCAAAUAAUUUUCGAAUCGUCUAAAAUCUUAAGAAAAAACUGUGAAUUAGCUAAAAAGGUUACUGCAUUACUAUGAAUAUUACAACAAACCUCU